AAAGAAAGACGAGAGCGCACAGUAUUGUGCGACGAGAGCAUAAAAAACGUGUAUUAAAAUGUCACCCAUGAGAUAAUUAGGACGUUUUAUGCCCCCAAAAUUAAUGUCACAUUUGUUCGCAAUGUUCAAAACAAGAGAACCGGUUAAAAGUAAAGUUUUUCAGUCUAUGCAAAAUGUUGAUAUUCGAGGACUUAGUUGUUGCAGUGAGACAGAACUUAGACCAGUGCUACCAAGCCUGGUACGCAUGGCUCUGUGUGCACCGUUGGAUAUGGGUGAUGAAUGGACACAGGACAGAAAAGAGAUUUCUAAAAUACUAUCAGGUUUAGAAAUAGUUAACAAUAUUGUGACAUUGUUGUCUAUUGAUUUUCAUGCCCUUGAACAAGAUGUAAAAAAGGAACAACAAUUAAGGUCAAAGAUUGGAGGAAAUCAGACUGACAGUGUUUUAAUAUCCAACUUACAACAUGGUCUAGUUUUGGAAUUUGAACGAAGUGAUCCAGCUCGUAGAAUUCGCCUUCUUCUUAGUGAAUUAUUGUUUGUUAUGUCAGAGAUUAAAGAUCAAAAGAACCCAAAUUAUCAGAAAAAUUGUGAAUUAUUUGAGAGUGAGGUUUAUUUAGAAGAAGUUUCAGACAUUCUUUCUAUAGCUCAAGCAGAGUUACCUAACUUGUUACCAUUACCAGAUAUUGCAGAAGCUUUGUUAUCAUUAAAGAAUGGUUCUUGGUUAAUAUGUCAGCUGUUGGCCAAUUCUCCGGAAUCUUUUAAAUCUGUUUGUGUAAGUUUAGUAAGUCAUGGUGAAAGACAAGAUGAAGAAACUAUUGGUGGUAGACGUAGAUUACAUAUGUUACAAAUGAUGGCUGCCAUGAAUCCACAAGAGACAUUAAAUAUCAGAACCCUCUGUGUUGAAAACUGUACAAUGCCUGGACUAGCUAUUAGUCUUUCACUUAAGAUUUCCACAUCUGAAUCCAACACUGGUUUACCAACGAGUGAUGCUGUAGCAUUUGUUAGUUCACUUAUGUUAGGUGAAGAUCAUGGAACACGAACAUGGUUCUCACAGUUUGUUAAAGCUGGACAAAAGAGAAAGGGAAAUCCUGUUUCUUCCAUGCUUCAUAUGUUACGCCAAUAUCUACUGGAUCAGCUGAGAUUUGUAACGCCACAUUUUGGUCAGUCUAUGGAUAAUGGUAAAGUUGUGUAUUCAGUGACAUUAUUAAGAUUAUAUUGUGCUUUAAAGGGAAUGGCUACAUUGAAAUUCAGUGAUGAAGAAACAAAAGCUUUAUUAGAGGUUAUGACUGCCAAGCCACCUCCUACGAGUGCUGGUGCACAGUUAAUAUCAGUGUCAUUAUGUAUGUUGAUAGCCUCUCCUCUUCUGCUAGCACAGGGUGGUUUAGAAUUAGAACAUGAAGUAGUAGAAUGGAUUAAAUGGCUUUUAACAGCAGAAAGUAUAUUUGAUAAGAAUAUGGGAAGCGGCAAGUCAUUUGGAGAAAUGUUAUUUUUGAUUGCUCUUCAUUUCCAUAGCAACCAGACAGCUGCCAUUGCAGAACUUGUAUGUAACACCCUAGGAAUGAAGAGUCCAGUUAAAGCCAAUGCUCUUUCAAGAAUUCGACAAAUUUUUACUCAAGAAAUAUUUACAGAACAGGUUAUAGCAUCUCAUGCUGUCAGUAUACCAGUUACUGAAGGUUUGAAUGCCAAUAUGGUGGGUUAUUUACCAAUACAUAUUAUAUUUCAACUAUUAAAAAGUCGAGUUUUCUCCAAACAUAAAGUUCCCAUAAAGGAUUGGAUUUAUAGACAAAUGUGUAGUAGUUGUCUGCCCUUACACCCACUUCUACCUCCGUUAAUAGACUCGUACGUUAAUUCUAUUAUUGUUAAAGGAAUUAAAACGGACAAUUUAAAUCAACCAAUAACAGAACAGGAGAUAUUAGAAGUGUUUGAAGCACCACCUAAUAGAAAAGAUAUUAGUGGUCGUCAAUCACCGACUAUAAUAUUGUCAGAGAAGAAAGACGUAGGCUGUCAAAUAUUAGUCUUAUAUUAUUUAUUAUUGUAUGAAGAUACGUUGUUAAAUAAUAUGAAAUCUUUAGUGUUAAGUCAACGUAAAAUGUCAAGUUACAGUGAAUCUAUCAUGUCUAUAAUACCAAUCAACUAUCUAGUACAAGAAGCUCAGUUAAAACAACAACAGUGUGCGGGUAUCUUCCCAGCUCUUAUCAAGUUGCUAGCUAGUCAUUUUCCACAUCUGUGUCUGGUUGAGGAUUGGUUGAGUGAUAGUUUAGUAUCAACCAAUCAGAUCAAGAGAAUUCACACAGUGACACAAAUACAAACCGUAACACCAGAAUCCAUUCAACAUGCUGUAUCUCAACUACCAGGUACACCCAGUUUAUUAAUACUACAACUACAAGAGUUACUGGCCCUUCCACCUGCUAAAGUAUUACCUUUCGCUCAGGUUAUUGUAGGAAAUCUGAGUACUAUGUUGUUAGAGACUACACCACGUAGAGUAGUUGAAUUAGUCAAAAGAGUCUGGUUUAAAAUCCACCAAAUUUCACCAAGAAGCUUAAGAUUAUCAACUAUCAACAAUUUACAAGAAAGUAAUGAGACAGCAAAACCAGCACCAUAUACUGAACAUGAUGUUAUAGUUGAUCCUCUAGUUGUAUUGCGCUGUGAUGAAAGAGUAUUUAGAUGUCCACCAUUAUUAGAAAUAGUGCUCAGAACUUUAGAUGCUUACACGCAUGCCUGCAGGACAUAUCUCUCCAAUCACAUUCAAGCUUACCCAGUUAUAGAAAAUGCUGUCCAAUCAGAACAUGAACGAAGAGAUUUAAGAAAUGCUUUAAUUGAAGCGCAAGAGAGUGCUAUGUUACAGAUAUUAUUGGAGAGUUGUCUCCCAUCAUCAGCAGAACAGGAAAUUGCUGGUAAAUUGAGCAACAUAAGAGAAAUACAGUGUCUAGUCUGUCAAUAUUUACAUCAAGCUUUUAUAGCUGAUCCUAACCUCGCUAAACUCGUACAUUUUCAGGGUUAUCCAGCAGAGUUAAUUCCCCUGGCUGUUUCUGGUAUCCCUUCCAUGCACAUAUGUUUAGAUUUUAUACCAGAACUUUUUGCACAACCGCAGACUGAAAAACAGAUAUUUGGUAUUCAGCUUUUAUCCCAGUUAUGUAAACAGUAUGCCUUACCGAAAUCACUUGGUGUAGCCAAGUUAGCUAUAAAUAUUAUGUUCUCUCUAUUAACAGUUCUAGAAACAGAAGAAAGAAUCCAUUUUUAUCUUCAAACUGUUCCUUGUUUAAUUGACAUGUGUGAGUCAUUUCCUCCAUUGUGUGAUGAUGUCACAUCUUUACUAACACAGAUUGGUCGAGUUUGUUUCUCUCAACUCUCAGUCACCAGUAAUCUCAUGUUGUCCGAAUCCUAUAUAAAACUGGAUACAGAAGACUCUUUGAAAAGCCUAGAAUCUCCAGAAAAGAAAGUUAAAUCAGUGAAUAGUGACAUGAAAAGACGUUAUUGGCAACUUUUUGAAACUGUUCAAAGAUCAUUUACUUUAGUAACUGGCAAAGCAACUAUUUCUAAAGAGAUGUAUUAAUAUGAUCUAUUAAUUUGUGCUACAUCAUAAAAGUGCUUAUUUUGGUCGAAAGCCUUUUUUUUAUACACCCACAUUUUCAUGUGGACGUAUAUUGUCAUCGCCCCGUCCGCCCGUCAACAAUUCUUUGUGAACACUCUACAGGUCACAAUUUUUAUCUGAUUUCAAUGAAACUUGAAAUAUAGGUUUAUCACCCUAAGAUCUUGGAUCCUUUCGAUAUUGGCAUGUAUCGGACUGUAACUUCAUGGAUUACGACCCCUGAAUUGUACAUAAAAUCACGUUUUUAGCUUGUGAACACUGUAGAGGUCACAAUUUUUAUUCGAUUUGGCUUAAACUUGAAAUAUAUGUUUAUAACCCACAGAUCUUGGUUCCUUUCGAUAUUCACGCAUAUCGGAUCAUAACUUCCUGAAUUAUGGCCCAUGAUUGUACAGAAAAUCGCGUUUUUUGCUUAUGAACCCUAUAGAGGUCACAAUUUUUAUCCGAUUUAAAAAAACGUUUGAAUAUAUCAGCAUUACACACUAAGAUCUUGGUUCCUUUUGAUAAUUGCGGAUACCCGAACUUAACUUCCUGGAUGAUGCUGAUUGUUUGAAAAAUUGCAUUUAUAGCUUGUGGAUUCUGUAGAGGUCACAAUUUUUUCUGAUUUUAAAAACCGUUUAAAUACAUCACCAUUCCACCAUAAUGAAGGUUGAAUAUGAAUUUCGGGUAAAUUGAAAUGAAACUGCACGACAAAAUGGCCGCUCUUUGUACGCAAAUUGUGUAGAAGUGUGUAAUACGAAGGUUAUGGACCCUCUAAACGUCACAGUUUUUAUCUGAUUUGGAUGAAACUUAAAACAUAUCUUUGUAUCCCAAAGAUCUCAGUCCCUUUUGAUAUUUGCACAUUUCAGGCCAUAACUUUCUGGAUUAUUGCCCCCGAUUGUACAAAAAAUCUUGUUUGUUUUUAGCUUGUUCUCUAUUCAUCUCUUGCAAAAUGUGGGCGUAUCCUGCCUGGCAGCCGCUGGUUAAUGAUCCGACUUACAUGUAUAUUUCUGUAUAUAUUACAAGAAAUGAUUUGUCUAUAGUGUCAAUUGUAUAAAACUCAUCUCAACAAUUUCUGUUGGUAUCAUUUAAGGGUUAUGUCCAUCGGACAUUGAGUUAACAAUUCAAAAUUUGAUUGUUUUGUGUUACCUUGGAUCUUAAAUUGUCAAAACAGUUAUUUAUUCAAUUUAGCUUACAGUCUUUAUAGUUGACUACUGCACGAAUUCUGCACUCCUGGAAAUAGAAUUGUUUUUCAUUGCCAUUUACUUUAAUGUAGUAGUAGUAUCUUGGUUUUUUAACAUCUGCUUCCACAGACAUGUAAGUGAUAUCGCUAAAAUGCUAAAAGUAUGGCUUCUUAGUGUGUUUGAAGUUGUAUUUGUGUUAGACAGUGACUAUUAGACUGUGGAUUGUGUAACAAUAUAUGGAAUAUUAAAUAUCUCAUGACCGUAUCAUGUCAUUUGUUUAUGGAGUCAUUCCAUGUCAAAUGGGUCAAUUUUCAGAAAUUUGGGAAAUCGACCCCCUCGAAAAAAAAUGUUAUUGUACAUGUAAAAACUUGAAACUGUGCAAAAUUUGUGGCCUGUAGCUUGAAAAUUGACUGAGAUACAGGCAUUUGAGUUUCAUGCUCAUCUACCAGGGUCCAUUGGCUCAAAUAUACAAGGCAAUUUUCGAAAAAUUUGUGUCUGAAACCAUAUUCAAGGCCAAUUUUCUGGGAAUCUAGUGAAGACUGAUGCAUUUUCAUGUUUCUUAUGUAGUGCUACCGGCAAUCUCUGGAAAGGCCAAAAUUUGGGUCUAUAUCUAUUACUUUUUAGCUCCUGGAGCACUACAAAAUCCAGAAAAUAUACAUUUACAACAAUUUUUUUUUUCGUUUUUUUCUCGCCAAGUAGCAUGCGAACCCUACCACUCACCUGUAAUCUGAUUGCAGAUUCAUAAUCUACACAAAACAUUCUUUCAGACUACCAAAUUUGAGCUGUGUAUCUUCACUAGAAAGGUAAAAAUAAGAUGUCUGAAACUCAAGUAAAUCAUUGAUACAUAUUCUGUUGCAAAAACUUAUCGGUAACAGCUGAAACUCAAAUGCCUGUAUCUCUGUGAAAUUUUCAAGCUACAGGCCACAAAUUUUGCACAGUUCCUAGUUUUUACAUGUACAAUAACAUAUAUUUUUUCCCACCCCUGGCCCACUUGACAUGGAAUGACUCUGUAGAAAGAUUCCAAAGUCUUCAUAUUCUUUGAUCAUGCAUUUAAAAAACCAAAACAAAAAAACCCACAGAUCCUAGCUUGUUACAUUUCAAUUUGGAUCUGGCGUUUAUCUGAAAGGAUUUGUUUGGUCAGUUUAUCUACAUGUACAUUAAUGUCAGUUAUUAUUUAGUAUAAAACUAAUAAUUACAUUGAAGUAAAUGUUAUCUUGUCCAUGAUCACCUAAAUCAAAACACAGUCCAGAUUGCUGAUUGAAGGAAUCCAGUAUACAUGUAGCCUACUUUGUUUUAACCAUUUUACAUAUUGUUUUGUAUAUCAUGUAAUAAUAUUUAUUUUUACAUGAAUUAUACUUUUUGUUAUCAA